UCUCUGGGUUUUCCGAGUAUAAAGUUUGUGUUUUGUUAAUAAAAAUGAAGCAACAAUUCUACUAGCUUUCAUCUACAUUUCGCCCCCAGAAAUUAUAGUAAAGCAAAGCAGAAACAAUGAGAGGAACAUUGAUGUUGACUUGGAUUCUGAUCAUCUGCCUCUCCCAAGUAGCAGCGCAGAGCCAAAGGCAAUACUACUCGGAGACCCGACCACAUAUUCCCAGGCCAAUUAAGGUCACCAAUCUUCACUUCUUUAUGCACGAAAAUUUGGGCGGUACAAACGCAUCAGCAGUCAUCGUAGCCCAAUCUAACAUCACAAGCAACGACAAUAAUUCAUCGGUGCCAUUUGGUACCCUAUUUGCCGUUGAUGAUCCCCUCAGGAUAGGUCCUGAGCCAGACUCCGAGGUGAUUGGAAAUGCUCAGGGACUUUCACUUCUGGCCGGAACAAAUCCAAGAACCUCGACGACAUACUUCGAUUUUGGAUUUAUUACCGGUAAGUAUAACGGCAGCUCUAUAAGCAUGUUUUCAAGGACAGAUCUUGAGCUUGCGGUGGUUGGAGGAAGAGGACGAUUCAGGAUGGCAACAGGGUUUGCACUACUUAAUCCUUACCUCAUAAAUGCCACCACUGUCAUUAUUGAAUUUGAUGUGACUCUAUUUCAUCACUAAGAUGUUAUUUACAGACUCAAUUCUCUUGGGUUGUGAAAGAGUCAUUCGCUUCUGCUCACCUUAUUGAUUAGAAAAAGACUUAAUACUUGAUCAUUGUACUUUAUUAUCAUAUUUGAAAUAAAGAUUAAAUCCUUGGAUAAAAAAA